UGGCGAACUGCUCAUUCCAUUUUCCAUCUUGCCAUGAAAUCUGUGCUCGGACUCCUGGGUGCCACAGCUGCGGUAGCAUCAGCUCUUCCGCCAUGUACCAAAGCCACCCUCGAUGGCAUCAAAGCCACGUACGAUGAGCUUCCCACUCAGAUCACGUCCGCGUGCGACGCCGCCACUCCUGGGUUUAAGCUCAUCGACUACUUUACAGGCGCCGGUGCCGUGCCCACAGACGCACAAGUUGACCUGUUUACCAAGGCAGAAGCUUGCAAGGUUGUGUACUACGACUUAACGCAGAUUGUCGGGCGCACGGAAUCGUGUGAAUCUUACCCAGGUCAGCCCAUCGCCAAACAAGCCGGGUUUCCGUCGCUCAAGGAACUCGUGGCCUAUCGUAAAGACCAGGAAAAGACUACACCCCAGAGUAAAACCGUCGCGCCGACGAAAGACCAGGACAAGGCUGCAUCUCCGACUGCCAGCGUUGCAUCCGUUCCAGCGACCCCGUUGGCAGCAUGCACCCAAGUGUCCCUUGACAGCAUCAAAGCGACGUUCAAUGAACUCCCUCAAAACGUCAUCAACGCGUGCGAUGCCACGACGCCCGGGUUCAAACUGAUUGACUACGUCUUGACCAAAGGCGCGACCGUCACGGACGCCCAAGUGGAUUUAUUCACCAAGGCCGAAGCUUGCUCAGUCGUGUACUUUGACUUGGUUCAAAUCAUCGCCCACACCACGCCAAACUGCAACUUCUACCCUGGAGAACCCCUAGCCAAACAAGCUAGCUUUCCAUCGCUCGUGGAACUCACCGCGUACCGCCGCGCCCAAGACAAGUCGUCCGUUGCUAUUGCGGUGCCGCAAAGUACCCUCAUCGCCCCGCAACGAACCAUCGUUCCAUGCGAUGUGAGCCAGAUCGCGUCGGUUACGUCCACAAUCCAAUCGCUCCCAGUGUAUUCGGCCUGCACGAAUGCGUCUGGGUUUGCAUUGGACGAUAUGCUCCGCCGCACCAACGCCUACCCGACCAUGCCCCAGCUCCAGAAUUUCGCUUCUUCGCCAGCCUGCCAAAUCAUGUUUGCCGACGUCCAGCGCAUCUUGAGCCAAGCUCCCGUUUGUGUGUUUUACGAUAAGACAGGGGUAACGUUUGCGGAGCUGGCCAAGUUCUCAACUCUGGACACGUUGAUGUCGUUUCAGAUGAAGCAGGAAGGCUACACCCCCACCCAUACCCCGUCCGCCAGCGCAUCGAGCGAAGCCUCGACUGGGUCGGAUGCGUCGUCGACGGUGGAGUCCAUCUUCGUGGUCGCGGGAAUUGCCGCUGGUCUGGGAGUGAUCUUGGCCGCGGUCAUGUAUUUGCGACGGAAGUGGGCGAUGUCUUCAUCCAAGAGCAAAACGAUCGACGGCGAUGUCACGACCACGGGCAGCUCGGCCAACCAAUCGAUCUUUGUCAUCAAUGCCAACGCUGCAUUGUAGUUAUUAUGACUAACAGUUAGCCAAUGUAUGCAUAUCGUGUAUUUGAAUGCUGUGGUGUGCUUCUUGUUGUACGUCAAAUCGAUUCGAAACCGUUAACAGCAACUUUUAUGAGAAUGGAAGAAACAAC